AUGACGACGGCGUGUGUAGAGGCGACCAACUGUGGCUUUUGUUGCCUGUCAUGUCACAAAGAAAGGUACUUGAAACAAGCCAGCACAGAACUAAGAUGUUUUAGAUACCCUGUUAAACAAACUUUUCCCUGGUUCUGGCAGUAUAGAGACAAAACCUCAGGAGCUGAUGAUGCUACAUCAGAGGAAUUAACAGAACUGUCAUAUAAUCAUAUAGCAGAUGAAACUCUUCAUUCCUUGACAGAGUUUUUAGACGAAUUGUCAGAAAGUGGAUUUACUCAUCCAGAUUAUGAUGUUGGUUUUAAUAAUGGAGUACUGACGAUAAACAUGGGAGACCGUAUCGGUACUUAUGUGAUCAAUAAACAAACUCCAAACAAGCAAAUAUGGCUUUCUUCACCUUCAAGUGGCCCUAAAAGAUACGACCUUGUCAAUGGAGUCUGGAUAUACAAACAUGAUGGCGUAAGUCUACAUGAACUGUUAAGCAAAGAAUUUUCUGCAGCACUAGAGACAGAGGUGGACUUCUCAAGCUGUGCAUUUUCUAAAACAUCUGAUGGAUGAUGAAAAUUUGUUGAACC